CGCACAUGCGCAUGUUGUCCUCAUGAAAAGAUGGCGGUGUCAGGCGGAGACGCUGCUGAUUCAAACUAUAAAAUAGGCACAAUUCUUACUUGUGAAACCUGUUUUGGGGACCAUUUUGAUGGAGAAGUGAUGGCAUAUGAUUCUCAAAGUCGUCUGAUUGUUCUGAAAACCAAAACAAGCAACGAAAAGCCAACCUACAAUAUCCAAUUUCUAAAUAUAACAAACCUCAAAUCAAUUGAAAUUCUUAAAGAAGCCGUGGAUGUUCCGCCAGCUUUUGAAAAGGGCAGAAGAAAGUAUAUAUGACAAGCAUGAAGCAAUUCGAUGCCAAGAGUUAGGUGUUCCUUCAGAUGCAAUAAAGCUUUAUCACACUAUUAAAAAAACGUUACAUUGUAGAUGGCAGAACAGGGAUAUGAUUGUAUUGGAUUCUGUCAUUGUAUCACCACCAUACACAUUAGAGAGCUGCAGCAGUAAUGAUGGAAAAGAUGGCAAAGAAUUAGCACAUGUUAAAAAAAUAAUUGAAAAGCACAUGCGAGAUCAGCAGACCAAAAGUGGUACUUAAACCCAUGAGCCAACUCAGGUGACUUAGACAAUUAUCAGACAGGCAUCUUCCAUGGACACAGACAUGAAGCAUGUCGAACCUGGAGUGAAUUGGUUAUCUGUGAGCCUUUUGCCAAAGGGAAGCAAUUGCAUGGUGCUAAAAGUAGACCUAUUUCAUGCUGAUUUAUACAUUGACUGAAAAGAGAUUAAGUGUUAACUGGUGUGAUAUGCACUAGGCCUGGCCUCUUGAUGUGUCACCUGAAACAUGUCUAAUUUUACCCCCAAAUAUGCGAGCCUAACCCAGAAGCUCCAAUGGUCUGAACAGGCUUGCUGACGUCAGCUCAUGAAAACCAUUGCCGAAGGAGGACCUGUGAAAGUGCCAGCGAUUAACAAGAAUUCACAGUAAAUGUAUUGUCAUUAAUCUGGCAGAGGUUGUAUGGGUUCUUAUUCCAAACCAUCAAACCUUGACUAUGUCCUGUCUACUUAUUAAACUCUUGUUUUCAAUCAAUAAGGCUAGUAUAAUAGCUUGAAAGGAACUUUUAUUAUUUAUAAACAAACUUUUUUUUGUUUACCCAAUUGUAUUUUAUACUGUAUUAAACAAAAUUGAGCAAAUUUACAGUAACAAACAUGUUGUAAUUCAUCUUCGAAUUAUUUGCUAAUUCUUCAGGUGCAGUCAAAAUUUGAUUAUUACUUUUUUUUAAAUUCAAAAAGUCAUAAUCAAACUUGGUCAUAAACCAAUUUCUGAAUGAACAUCUUUGUUGAAUCACAGCGUAUUUUCCCCCCAUUGUAUAAAAUAUAGCAAAUUUUUUGAUGGCUCAAGUAGUUGUAGUCAAAGUAAUUGAUGACAACACUAAUUAAUUUAUGCAAAUCAUCAUAAUCAAAUUUGAUGGUUUGAUUGAAUUUCAACAUUUCAUAGUGUAAACAUAAGCUUCUUGUGAAGACAAAGACUAAAGAUUAAACUACUUUAAUGUUUAUACAAACAACAAAAAUGAUAUGGAGGACAUAUAAAAGAGAUGGAGGAAGCCUUAAAGAAGUUAAAUUAUUUAUUAAUGCCAUUGGUCAGAAUUGAUCAUGUGCUCUUUGCCCUUACGGUUUAUCUGAGUCUAGGGGUAUGAAUAUUCAUAAUAAAUUUAUAAAUAUUCAUGAGUUCAACUCAUUGCCACUAAUUCAAUGAUAGUAUGAAGUGCUACUGGAUUUCAUGAUGGAUGCCGUAUGUGAUAGCUUUUGAAUAAGUAGAGAUGUAUGGAGCGCAAAAUGGGUCACAAUACUGAAUCCAAAGGAAUGAAAAAAUUCAUCAAGUGUCCUUGAUUCCACUUGUAGUCAGUGCGUGAUGAUCAAGUAACGGGUCUGAAAUUAUUUAUUAUGUUAAAUUUUUUUCUUCAGUUUAUGCAUUGGUUUAUGUGUAUGCCAACAUCUUGAAAUGAAACUAAAAAGCAGACAUUCAAAAGAGAAUGUGAUAACAAAGCAGGGAAAACAGAAUGGGAUUAACAUUUGAAAUAUGAGAUGGGUAAUCUCAGAUAAAAAUAAAAGUGACAUUUAUAUAGAAAAAA